AUGGCAACAACAACGGCACAGUCUCAGAGGUCGGGCAAGAGGGCGUCGUCGGUCAAGAGCAAGAGCGUGGAGAGGGACAUGAGGAAGGACCAGGCGCUGCGGGCCUCGGGCUGGGGUACGACCUUCACGGGCGAAAUGGCACCAUACGGCGAACCGCGUGGUCCUAUUGCUGGUCUCCUCUUCCGCUGGCGUCUCUGGUUCGAGAGUACAUUUGUAUUCACACUGCUGGAGCCUUGGGAGAAGGGCCUAUUGCUCGUGAUCGCAGGUGUCAUCUUCACCCUGUUGGCCAUCGGUAUCUUCAGAUACCUCCCUCAGCAUAUGGCCUUCCUCUACCGACGUGCUACAUAUUACUUCCUCGGUAGCGAGUCAGCGUCCGGCUUCAGCUCUAGCGCACUUGCCCAUUGA